GUUUGGACAAGAAUAAUACUAUUUGUCACAAAAAUUUCCUUCAAGUACAUAAUUUAGCUAAUUCCAAUAUUACAUAAGCUAGAAAAGUAGAAGCGUUGGAAACGUAUCUACCUUAUCCGUUGAAGGUUGCCUUUAUCUUUAUAAUGUUGUGGAAUAAGGAAUCUGAAGGAGGAGAUUUCAAGUUUUGCCGUGAUGAUGAAGACGACCCCACUCCCUUUUACGGUCCAACUCUUAUUCCAUAUGUAAUUCCUCACCUCUGCAAAUUCCUUGGAGUCGGGACCAUAAAAAAGUGUCGGCUUGUCUGCCGGUCGUGGAAUUACCAUGCAACCCCAGUGCUGAAGGCGAGGACCUUUAUUAGAAUUAAACUUUGCACUGGAGAUUAUGAUUACCAAUAUCAGGAGUGGAGAUUGGGUACAGGAAUUGUAGAAAAGCUAGGAUUUGUUAAAAAUUUAAAGAUUAUGUCAUACACUCAUACACUACCACCCCUGGAUCUCGAAAAAUUUCCCUUGAUCAGAAAUCUAAAAUCAAUUGUGGUCCACUUUUUUAUCAGGGAAGACUGGCAGAAGGACUUGUGUGACAAAAUUAUACUGAAUUCGGCCCCCAUUCUGGAAGAAUUAAAGUACGAAUGGUAUUUUCAUGAAGAUUUCUCCCCAUGCGGUGGGAGCACUGUUUUCCCAAAGUUAAAGAAACUGCAACUCAUUGCUGGCCUAGUUCAAGAUCCACGGCCUGGAAAUAUACAGCACGAGGUAGUUAGCCAAGCUAUUACGGCAGUGUUCCCAGCUUUGAAAUAUCUCCUAAUUAACUGCAACAAUUUAUUAGACAUUUCGAAACAGGAAGUCCUACAAUAGUUGCCUGGUUCCCUUAAUUCGCUGGAAUUGACUGGAGAUUUGAACGCCGAUCGGUUCGAAUGUCUCCUGAAAAUUCCUUCAAGUUUGAAAAAAACUGGAGUUUAGGGCGGACUUUGUAAGUGACGACAUCCGUGCUGGUGAGCUGCCAACCAUUCUGCACAAAUUAUUAAAGAAACAUUCUCUCACUCUUGACAACUUUUCUAUCCGUUUUGACUCCGAUGAUGAAGAAACGGGGUGGAAAUUCCCAGUAUUUCCGGCCAUGAAAAACUUCGGGAUUUAUAACUUUAAAACUAAUAGGGUCGGAUUACAGGGUUUGGCACGUACGUG